CCAGUGCAAAGCGAUGUACUCUUAUCAGAUCUCACUGGCAAUGGCAUUGCACCGCCCAUCAACAUCUUCGCCGGACUCAUACGGAAUGUCUCUUCCGUCCUUACACGGUUGGCGGACGCAGACUCGAGGUCGAUUAUCCUAACACCGUCGGAUGGAGUAAUGAGCAGACUGACGUGGAAGGAUCCCGAGACCCUUUCGGACUUCGUGAAAGCGCAUGUAGUAACUGUCUCGCCGCCUUGGCAGGAGGGCAAGACGGCCGUGACUAUGUUGGGCAAUAAGGUAUGGUGGGAGAUCUGGUCUGACGAGAUAGGAUACGGCGUCUUUGUGAGACCCGCUGGCGCAACUUUAGGGAAAACUCUUAGUCGUGUUGCGAAUGGCGAGGUUUGGGAGAUUGGGGGAAUGCUACAC